AACAAGUACCAACAACCUUCAACAGCCUAUGGUAGAGACGGCGUUGAAGUCAAACAAACCCUUGUCUCUCUCUUACAAAUUCCAGGUCUUCUUUCUUUUUCCCUUACCUUCUACUCAUUAUACAUACACAUUUCUCUCUUUUGCAUAAGUUCUAGAAAGAUCCAUUCCAAUCCCAAAUGGACGGUGCGCCACCAUCCGCCGCAGCAGCAGCGGCAGGAGGACCGGCGCCGUUUCUUCUAAAGACCUACGACAUGGUUGACGAUCCCUCCACCAACGACAUCGUUUCGUGGAGCUCAUGCAACGCCAGCUUCGUCGUGUGGAAUCCGCCGGAGUUCGCUCGCCUUCUUCUCCCCACCUAUUUCAAGCACAACAACUUUUCCAGCUUUAUCCGCCAGCUCAAUACCUACGGUUUUCGAAAAAUACACCCAGAGCGCUGGGAAUUUGCAAAUGAUGAGUUUGUGAAAGAUCAGAAGCAUCUCCUUAAGAAUAUACAUCGCAGGAAACCUAUCCACAGUCAUAGUCAUCCUCCGGGAUCUAUUGUAGAUCCAGAGAGAGCAGCAUUUGAGGAGGAAAUUGAGAAACUUUCCCGCGAGAAAACUUCUCUUGAAUCCAAUAUUCAUAACUUCAAACAACAUCAGUCAACAGCAAAGCUUCAACUAGAAGAUUUUCUGCAGCGGUUAGAGACUACUGAAAAGAGGCAGAAACAAUUGCUGAACUUCUUUGAGAAGGCUCUUCAGAAUCCUAGUUUUGUUGAACAUCUUUCACGCAAAAUUGAAUCCAUGGAUUUAUCUGCGUAUAAGAAGAGGCGCUUGCCUCAAGCUGAUCAUGUUCAACCAGUUGCAGAAAGCAGCUUCGUGGACAGUCACAGCAAUUUUAGAAUGGAAUUUGGAAAUAUUUUCCAUCAGGAUUUCUCGAAUAAACUCAGACUGGAAUUGUCACCCGCCGUGUCAGAUAUGAACUUGGUAUCACGUAGCACACAGAGUUCAAAUGAAGAUGGGGAAAGUCCACAGAAAAAACUGUCUGAAGUAGAACCAAAAGGAGUGCAGACAAGAACAUCUCUUACAUUUGCACCUGAAACAUUAGAACUUGCGGAUACGGGGGCUUCUUUUACUUUUAAGAUGGAUACAUGUUUGCCGCGAAAAGCAACAACUGCUGAGAACUCAAAACUGAUCUCUUUGGAGCCAAGUAGUGAAGAAGGCGAUAGUUGCCAGUUAAAUUUAACCCUGGCAUCUUGUCCAGUGCAAGUAAACAGAAAUUCAUACUCAGCCAGAUCACCCCAAAUUGACUGUCAAGAAAUUGGCAAAUUGGCAGAAUCGAGAUUUUUUGCGAGUGUAAAAGAAUCUGAAAGUGGUGUUUCCUCAAACCAAAAUCUAGCUGCUGAGGCCACCAAUUUAGCUUCACCACAGGAGGCUCCAAGUAACAACCAAGUUAAUCCAGCUCCUCCGGACAGGGUGAAUGAUGUUUUCUGGGAACAGUUUCUUACCGAAAGGCCGGGCUGUUCUGACAAUGAAGAGGCAAUAUCCAACUACCGAGCAAACCCACAUGAUGAGCAAGACGAAGGACGCGCAGUUCAUGGAAUAUCUAGAAACAUUAAGAAUAUGGAUCAACUCACACUUUGAGUUCAUCAUGCCGUCUAGGACAACAGUUAUAUUAUUGUUUUAUGAAAUUUUCAUGACUGAUAUACAACAUUUUUCAAAAUUUACUGCUGACAACAAAUUGUGUCGCAACGGGCUGAAACUAUACUUUCUGGCUUGCUACCUGAUGGAUACAAAUGUUAAUUAACUGUUUGGCUGUGUUGUAUAU